AUGGCUUUCAUCCGCCCUUACAAGUUUGCCGACUGGAACGACACGGCGUUUAUCUGCCGUGCCACGCUCCCGCCGUCGAUUAUCAACGAAAAGACUGCGAUCCGUCUUGCGCCGUACCUCUGGACGCACCAGUUCACGCUCCUCAACCCGCAAAACUGCUUUGUGCUCGACGACGGCACAGGCCAUGUCGUCGGCUAUGUGGUUGGCAGCACCGACGUGCACGACAUGGCGGCGCGGUACGGGCGCUUUACGGACCUGAUCGGCGGCACGGGCCCCGUGGAGGGCGUCCCCGCGGAGGUGGUCGAGCUGGCGCGCCGCGAGGUCGGGCCGGCGCCCGCGGACCUGGACAACCUGCAGCCGUUCCUGGUGCCCGACCCAAGCGAUCCAUCGGGACAGAAGAGCGCGGUCAACGAGACGCACAUGCUGCAGCAAGCCUACAACCCGCGUUGGCUGCUGCUCGAGAGCAACCAGACGCCGCUGCGCAAGGAGCUGAUCUCGGGCACCAAGUACCGGGCGGUGAUGCACAUUGACAUGCUGGAGAGCCACCAGGGGCAGGGCUGGGGCCGGGAGAUGAUCAAGACGUUCCUGGCGUCGAUUGCCAAGGAGGGGGCGCGGGGCCUGCAGAUUGGCGUGUCCGGCGAGAACACCAAGGUGGUACCAUUCUACGAAAAGUGCGGGUUCCGUGUGCAACCUGGCGGCGAGGCCGACGGCUGCGUGUGGAUGGUGCGCGAUGUGAGCGAGACGGGGUGGUAG